GUCACCGACUACCUUUCGCUGUGAAUCUUCCCCGUGUUUACCGACGUACCGUUUUCCUAUCAUGCGAGCGUGUUUGUGCUUUAGCUUCACUUCUCCGGUAAAUAACGGUCUUUCUUUAACGGCCGCGUUUCUUCAACCGCCCUGCCUGAGCUGACUCCACGCGCCGCGGCGGUGAAAAAGAAAAGAGGAAGCAAUAGCCAACCAUCUUUCUUCUUCUGCCAGCAAUAACAAGAAAGAGACAAGGCUAGGUUUAAGUGGAGCUGUGUAGUUUUCAGUUAAUUGUUUUACAGUGGAUAAAGAAGUAGCCUAAAGCCUGCCCGUGUUAACAGAGACAGCAGCUUUCGGACUCAUCCUCAUCCUCCCCGGCUAACCCUGGAAGUUAUCACAAGACUGGCUGUUAAGAAUUGGUAUCCCCCGUUUUUUCAUGUUUCCAACAGGUUUAUCUUCCCCUAAUCCCCCACCACCGCCAACCCAGGAGGCUAGACCAGCGGCUACUGAUGUCAAACACGACAGCGGUAACAUCACAUCUCCGAAGAAGAGGAAAAUAAACGGCUCCGAGAGGGAAGACACCACCGACACCAUCUCCUCUUCGCCUCCCAAGACCCUGAAUUCCUCCUCUUCCUCCUCCUCUUCUUCUUCCUCCUGCUCUCCCACUCCGCUGCACAUUCAGAAGAAGUUGAGGUUUGAGGAUUCAGUGGAUUUCAUUGGACUGGAUGUGAAAAUGGCUGAGGAGGCUGCUGCUGCCGCCGCCGCUUCGUGCUCCAAUAACAAAAGCAAAGCCGUGUUCCUGGCCGGCGGCGGCGGCAUGGGGCAUCAUGCAAACGGACUGACGAAAACCGCAGGCUCCGCCACCUUCUCCAACAGUAAACCCGGUGCUGCCAAGAAACUAGUCAUCAAAAACUUCAAAGAAAAACCCAAAUUGCCAGAGAACUACACACAGGAGACCUGGCAGAAGCUGAAGGAGGCAGUCGAGGCCAUACAGAACAGCACUUCAAUCAAGUACAAUCUAGAGGAGCUCUACCAGGCUGUUGAGAACCUGUGCUCCCAUAAGAUAUCUGCCAAGCUUUACAAGCAGCUGAGGGCUGUGUGUGAAGACCACAUCAAGGCACAGAUUGAUCAAUUCCGAGAGGAUGCCCUGGACAGUGUGCUUUUCCUGAAGAAAAUUGACAAGUGCUGGCAGGAUCACUGCAGACAAAUGAUCAUGAUUAGGAGUAUAUUUUUGUUUUUGGACCGCACCUAUGUUUUACAAAAUUCAAUGCUGCCAUCAAUCUGGGACAUGGGUCUGGAGCUGUUCAGGUUCUACAUAAUCAGUGACCUGAAGGUCCAGAGUAAAACCAUCGAUGGGAUUCUGCUACUCAUUGAGAGAGAGCGAAACGGAGAGGCGAUAGACCGCAGUCUGCUGAGGAGCCUGCUGAGCAUGCUCUCUGACCUGCAGAUUUAUCAAGACUCUUUUGAACAACGCUUUUUGGAGGAAACUAAUCGCCUGUACGCUGCAGAGGGACAGAGGCUGAUGCAGGAGAGAGAGGUACCAGAAUAUCUCCAUCAUGUCAACAAACGCUUGGAGGAGGAGGCAGACAGAGUCAUCACAUAUCUAGACCAGAGCACACAAAAACCACUCAUAGCUACUGUGGAAAAGCAGCUGCUGGGUGAACAUCUCACUGCUACUCUGCAAAAAGGGCUGACUCACCUGCUGGAUGAAAACAGAAUUCAGGAUCUGUCCCUUCUCUAUCAGCUCUUCAGUCGAGUGCGAGGCGGUGUUCAGGUCCUCCUGCAGCACUGGAUAGAAUACAUAAAGGCUUUUGGAAGCACAAUUGUAAUCAAUCCAGAAAAAGACAAAACUAUGGUGCAAGAGCUGCUGGACUUCAAAGACAAGGUGGAUCACAUCAUCGACGUGUGCUUCAUGAAGAACGAGAAGUUUGUCAACGCCAUGAAGGAGGCUUUCGAAACAUUCAUCAACAAACGGCCAAAUAAACCUGCAGAGCUCAUAGCAAAACAUGUGGAUUCAAAACUGAGAGCAGGAAACAAAGAGGCAACAGAUGAAGAGCUGGAAAAGAUGCUGGAUAAGAUCAUGAUUAUCUUUAGAUUCAUCUAUGGUAAAGAUGUUUUUGAGGCCUUCUACAAGAAAGAUCUGGCCAAGAGGUUACUAGUUGGAAAAAGCGCCUCUGUGGAUGCUGAAAAAUCGAUGCUGUCAAAACUGAAACACGAAUGCGGAGCGGCGUUCACCAGCAAACUGGAGGGAAUGUUCAAAGAUAUGGAGCUUUCGAAAGACAUCAUGGUGCAGUUCAAACAGUAUAUGCAGUGCCAAAACAUUCCCGGCAACAUUGAGCUGACGGUGAACAUCCUCACUAUGGGUUACUGGCCAACGUAUGUCCCGAUGGAAGUGCACCUGCCCCCUGAGAUGGUGCGACUGCAAGAGAUCUUCAAGACCUUCUACCUGGGCAAACACAGUGGCAGGAAGCUCCAGUGGCAAUCAACACUAGGACAUUGUGUCUUAAAAGCAGAAUUUAAAGAGGGCAAGAAGGAGCUGCAGGUGUCACUUUUCCAAACACUUGUGCUACUGAUGUUUAAUGAAGGAGAGGAGUUCACUCUGGAGGAGAUCAAACUGGCAACAGGAAUAGAGGAUAGUGAACUGCGUCGGACUCUGCAGUCCCUCGCCUGCGGAAAAGCACGUGUUCUCACCAAAAUCCCCAAAAGCAAAGACGUGGAGGACGGGGACAAGUUUUCUUGCAACGACGACUUCAAACACAAGCUCUUCAGAAUCAAAAUCAACCAGAUCCAGAUGAAAGAAACGGUGGAAGAGCAAGCCAGCACCACAGAAAGGGUCUUUCAGGAUCGGCAGUAUCAGAUUGAUGCUGCGAUUGUGCGGAUCAUGAAGAUGAGGAAGACUCUGAGCCAUAAUCUUUUGAUGUCCGAGGUGUACAACCAGCUCAAGUUCCCUGUCAAGCCUGCUGACUUGAAGAAGAGGAUAGAGUCUCUUAUUGACAGGGACUAUAUGGAGCGUGACAAGGAGAACCCCAACCAAUACAAUUACGUGGCUUAAAGAAAGAAAAAGUGACAGAGAAAAAAAGAGUUGCAGACGGUCGAGUCAGGCUGAAAGCUGAUCUUAGUGAUCGGUCUCGUAAAUCUUUUGCUCCAGUGGAUGUUUACCAUUAUCAUCUUCAACCCAGCGACCGACAAGUGAAUGGAUACUGCUCCACAGGAUUUUUGUCAGGGGUCUUGUGAUCCUGUGGACUGCGUGCCCAUUGAAAAAAGAUUAUUGUCCAUAUUUCUCAGUGUCUCUGAGAGAAUUGGGCGACCUUGGACAGACGAAGAAGACACAGAUGUUGUUCCGUUUGCUCUUUUUUUUUUAAUGGAGAGGGAAAAUAUUUAUUUUCAAACUUAGAUUCUUCUUUGUCCAUAGUUUGAAUCAAUAUGCUCUUUGUUAUCAAGUCACUUUUUUUCCCUUUUUGUUCACUCAGUACCCCAAACAAAUGCUGACACACCUAACAAUGCUUAAAUGUACCACAAGUUGGAGAGAAAGAGGAUCAAAAAAAAAAAAAAAUUAAAUGAUGCUUGUUUCUUCAGUCAGUGUCAAAUGUGGGACUAUUGGACUAACUAACAUUCAUUGCAGAAAUUUGAAAGCUGGGUGAUAUUGGUGUCAAAUGUGUGAUCCUGCAGCAGAGUUUUACAACCUUAAGGCCACAUAGCCACCUGUCAAAGCUGUGAUCAUGAACACACAAAGUACAAAACAGUAUGUGCCAAAAACAGGAGCACUUCUUUUAUUAUAGGGUGUAUUCAAGCUGCUAAAACAGUUGUACAUGUAUCUAGUUUCUCCUUUUUGUUUUUUUGUUUCUUUGUACAGUACAUACCUAACAAAAGUGACAUUUUAAACAACCCCAUCUGACAGCUUUUUAGGUUUUUGUUAACCCUUAGAAAGUAUACUAAAAGCACAAUGGCAGCAGAGUCCUUUUCCUCACCAUCCCUCUGUGUCAUACAACAUACACACUAUAUGUGUGGCUGGACCGCUUCGGGCCAGCCCUAUAAACACAAAUGUUUAUCCCUGACUGACUAAUGAGGUUACACAAUGGUGCAACUUAAUCACUCAGUCAGCCAGUUACUUAACCCAUUCACUUCUUGUAUCCGUCAAUUAAAAGCCCUCAAGUGUUUCAUACACAGUCCAGCCAUAUACUAGGCUUUGACCUAGUCUUGUUUUUUUUGUAAAUGUCCCUGUGGGGCUUGUAGACUUUGCUGAAAGUGAGGAAAAUUGAGUGGAUUGCCUCAACUUUUGAGUGAUUACUGAGGAAAAAAAACAUGAUUGAUUAGACAAGCCCUUGUUUGUAUGAGUCUGUUAGGUUUAUUGCUUCAGAUUAAAAUAACUGUUUCAAUC